ACCAUUAACCUGCCAGGAUCUGUGGAUUAGGGUGCGGUACUUGUACAUCCAAUUGAUUAUCUUCACGAGAAGGUUUAACCGGCAUAAAAUGACUCGACGAAAAGGGCUGAGGAGACAGGAGAGGACUUGUCUUGACAGAAAGUUUGACUCAAGGUAGUUCAGGACUGUCGCCACCGCUUCUUUCUCAUGAUUCGACCUGGCUACUAUAUACAGAGUACAAUUUGAUCAUACUACAUUAAUGGCAUUCCUACGCAUUCCACGCGGCAUGAAUAUCUACCAAGAGAUUACCUAUCUUGAAUUCGUGUGUAAUCGAAUCCAUCCUUGGAGAUAAACCUUAUCACAUCAUGAUAACCAUACAGGCCCAAUAAAAUUCCAGCAUAGAAUCACUAUCGCCUACCUCAGAAAGGUACAAUAAAUGCAGGAAAUUGCUUCUGCAUUGGUUCUAACUUAUCCUAAAGGCUGGUCAUACCGGGUGCUUGGUAUAGUCGUCCCUAUGUCUCAUAACCCCCGCAGAUGUCUCCCAAUCAAUUACGGAGCCCUCGACGGAGAAUUUAUAUAUCGCGCAUGAACCCAUCUUAACAAGAUCCCGUCACUCUUUCGUAUUUUAUACUAGACCGUGAAUCUCUUGACCUAGAAAUAUCAGGUACUGAGGGUUCUAAGUACCUCCCGCGACAAUGAAUACGACAAUGAUUGACGAGGAAAAGAAAACCUCUUCGACAACUUCUCCACCGGACUCAAAUGAGUUGGAUAAUCUCGAAGCUCUUGGAUAUACUGAAGAGCUUCAACGAAAUCGAUCGUUGUUUACUCUUCUUUUUCAAUCGCUUGCAAUUGCCGCAAUACCUUAUGGAGAAGGCGGGCCGCUGAUCAGUGCUAUAUAUGGAGGAGGUCAGCUUUCCAUAUUUGUUGGCUGGAUCGUGGUUCUUAUUCUAGAUGAAUGUGUGGCUUUAUCAUUGAGUGAACUUGCCUCGAGGUAUCCAACCUCGGCUGGACCUUAUUAUUGGUCUUUCCAGGUAGCAAAGAGACACAAGACUAUACUCUCAUUCAUCACAGGCUGGGUAUGGCUCAUUGGAAACUGGACAAUAACGUUAUCCGUCAACUUCGGAUUUGCGUCGCUGAUAUCUGCAACUGUUGCCAUGUAUCAUCCAGACUUUGUUGCAUCUAGCUGGCAGCUUACCCUCAUCUUCUAUGCCAUUUGUCUCAUCACAUUAGUAAUAUGCACAUUUGGCAACCGAUUCCUACCUAUGGUUGAUACGAUAUGCGCAGCUUGGACAGCGAUUAGUAUCCUCAUCAUUCUCAUCGCUCUUUCAGUCUCAGCUAAGGAAGGUCGACAUAGUGCUAGCUAUUCUCUUGGAAAUUACGAUACCUCUUUCGCUGGAUGGGGAGGUUUCACUUUCUUCAUCGGUCUUCUACCAGCCGCGUAUACCUUCUCUGCAAUUGGCAUGAUCUCCUCAAUGGCAGAAGAGGUUUCCAACCCCACAAUCAAAGUCCCAAAAGCAAUAGCACUAUGUGUGCCGGUUGGUGGAAUAGCUGGUCUGUUCUUUAUCAUCCCGAUCUGUGUGACGAUGCCACCGCUCGCUGACGUAAUUGGUGCACCCAAUGGUCAAGCAAUCCCGUACAUCUUUCACAGGGUCAUGGGCUCUCCCGGAGGUGGUCUAGGUCUUACAUUUUUGGUACUUGGUAUCACUAUGUUCUGCUCAAUUAGCAUCACAACUGCCGCGUCACGCUGCACCUGGGCAUUCGCUCGCGACCAGGCAAUCCCCGGCUCUAAGAUUUUCUCAAUUGUCAACAAGUCUUUAGGCGUACCGGUAAAUGCUCUCAUAUUCGUCACUAUUGUUCAAAUGCUCUUGGGUCUUAUCAACCUCGGCAGCAGCAGUGCCUUUACUGCUUUUGUUUCAGUAGGCGUUAUAGCACUUUCACUUUCUUAUGCUAUCCCAAUUGGCUUAUCAUUACUAUGGAAUAAAAGACGAGAAGUAUCUCACGCACGGUGGAAUUGUGGGCAUAUGGUCGGAACAACCGUAAAUGUGGUAGCCUUGGUAUGGAUUACCUUUGAGGUGGUCUUGUUCAGUAUGCCCACGGCAUUACCUGUUACAAAGGUGUCGAUGAAUUAUGCAAGCGUAGUAUUAGUGGGAUUCAUGGCAAUAGCGGCAGUUUGGUAUGCUGCUUACGCUAGAAAAGUAUACAAAGGACCACCAGCGUCAGAUGGGUUGUGAGGCUUUAUCCAUGACCUACACUGAUUUAAUCUUUAUCUCUCUUUUCAGUUCUUGAUUUCUUAGAACUCUCCUAUGUAUAUAGCUAGUCGCUUUUCAUAUAAUGUCUUAACUAUAUAAUAAAUGAGCUCUGUAGUUACUCAAUAAUAUUGCUGAUUUUCCCA